AUGAGCUCUUGGGAUGGAGAAUGUCGUCGUAAAUUGAACGAUGAUUUUGAAAAUGUUUUUCGUGAACAUGAUCGUUUAAGACAAGAUCUUAAUUCUGAUCAAAAUCAACAAUAUCAAUUACUUUUAAAUUCCAUUGAUAAAUGGGAACAAAAUGCUAUAAAAAAAAUUCAAAAAACAGCUAAAAAUGCUCGCAAUGAUGCUCAAAAAUUAUUAAAAGAUACUAAUCAACAAUUACAACGUGUUUUAAAUGAUACAGUUACAGAAGAAUUACGUGAUGCAUUAGAACAAAAAAAUAAUUUUACUGAAUUUCAUAUUAAUAAAUGGUUGGGAUAUUUAUCUGAAAUUCGUAAACAAUUAGAAGCAAUUUCUUCGACAGUCAAUUUUACACAUCAUAAAGUGAUUCAUUUAAUUAAAAUAAAACGAAAAUUUUCCUUAAGCAGAUUUGGACAAAUUAAUCUUGAUUAUCAUCAAUUUGAUUUUGAAAAAAUUUGUGGUCAUCCUACUUUUUAUAAUACUGAACAUCUUAUUAAUACUGAUCGUCCAGCAACUAUUGUUAGUCAGAAUACUUAUUCUACUGGUACACAUUAUUUUCGUUUUCGUGUUGAACAAACUACUAAUGAAUUAUUUUUUGGAAUUAUUAAUAAUACAGAUAUUGAAAAAUUAAAACAAAAUAUUCAUCCAAGACCAUCAAUUCAUGGUUGGUGGAAUAUUGAUCGCUGUGUCCUCAAAGGUCGAAAAGAACCAUAUGUUUCUUCACUUAAUAUAUAUAAUGGUGAUGAAGUAAUAUUAAUAUUAAAUUGUGCUGCACGUGAAAUAUUUCUGGAAUAUCCAUCAAUGAGUAAAUUAAAUUCAAUAAAAUUAGCCGAUGAUGUACGCGAUUGUUUACCAUGGCAAGUAUUAAUUGAAAUAGGAAAACCUGGCGAAUGUUUGCUUAGAUUAGUCGAUUGGGGUACCACAGCUCAUGUAACAAAUCAACCAAACAGACAAUUUCAUUGUUUUUGUACAUCUAAUUAA